AUGGUCCAAGUCGCCACGGUCAGGCCGCCUGUAGGCCAAUUCGUGAUCCACACACUGCUACAGAUCGCGGGCUUCGCUGUCGCGAUUGCCUUUGGGAUAUACGCCGUCAGAUCCGUCCACGUUGCCGUCGCCGCGAACAGCUUCAGCCGAGAGGCAAACAGCUUUAGUCGAGAAGCUAUCCGGCAGGCGUUGGCGGCGAACCAACUCGCCCUGUUUGGGGCGUGCCUGCAGGCAGGGAACCAGACCGAGAACCAGGACCUCAAUGAAAUCUGCUCCCGCAUCAUUAGAGGCGCCGCAGAACUCUUACCGGCCACUGCUUCGUCGUUGUUUCCCAACUUACCACCUCCGUCGCCGACGACCGACUCGCCAGAUUCUAGCCCGACCCAGCCUCAACCAGGUAUAAGCCCACCCUCAGAUAGUGGCUCGUCAGCGCCUGCCGGUACCAUCGCCGGCACCAUCGCCGGCGCAGUAAUCGGAGCGAUCCUCCUCGUAGUCGCAGUGCCCAUAACCUGCAUCUAUAUACGUCGUCGUCGAAGAAGACGUCGCCGCCACGCGGACUCUCCUGUGGCGCCUACUUCUGGGCCCGGGCGCCGCGAGCGCCGAGCCGCCCGCAACCUCGGAUCCAUUUUCAGGGAGGUCUUUAUGAACUCGACCCUAACGAGCUGGACUUCCAGCGUAGAGGAGGUGACGACUAGGGAUGAGGAGCGGGGAAGGGGAAGUGACAGGGAGAGGGAGAAAUGA